UCCUCUGCGCCUGCGCUCUCGGCGGGGCCAGUGGGGCGGGGAAAGAAACCCAGAGCCGGCGUUUGGCACUCCCAGGACUCCCGGCCGGGGUCGCUCUUCACUCUUCAGCUCGACGUCGCGUCUAGUGCGCAAAAAGCUUCUAAGGGGUGUGGGGAGGUGAUCUCAUCCAUUAAGAGCUGUGUGUUGCCAAUUCCCAAAUCUUUAUCUCAGACUCCUGUCCUGCAUUCCAGAUUCUUAUAUUCAGCUGCCUUUUGGAUAUUUCUCCCAGGAUGUUCUCAAGGCAAACAAGAAUUAAAUUCUGAAUAAGUCUACAGGUAGGAUGGACACUUAUUUUAAAGCAGCUGUCAGUGACUUGGACAAACUCCUUGAUGAUUUUGAACAGAACCCAGAUGAACAAGAUUAUCUUCAAGAUGUACAAAAUGCGUAUGAUUCUAACCACUGCUCAGUUUCUUCAGAGUUGGCUUCCUCACAGCUAACUUCAUUGCUCCCAAAAGACCAACAAUGCAUUAAUAGUUGUGCCUCAUCAGACAUAAGCUAUGAAACAAGUGAGAGUUCCCUGAAUGAAAAAACACUCACGGGACCUACUACUAUACAAAAUGAAAAAAAUGUAACAGGACUUGAUCUUCUUUCUUCUGUGGAUGGUGGUACUUCAGAUGAAAUCCAGCCUUUAUGUAUGGGACGAUGUAGUAAACCUAUCUGUGAUCUGAUAAGUGACAUGAGUAACUUAGUUCAUGCCACUAAUAGUGAAGAAGAUAUUAAAAAAUUACUGCCAGAUGAUUUUAAGUCUAAUGCAGAUUCCUUGAUUGGAUUGGAUUUAUCAUCAGUGUCAGAUACUCCCUGUGUUUCCUCAACAGACCAUGGGAGUGAUACUGUCAGAGAGCAACAGAAUGACAUCAGUUCUGAAUUACAAAAUAGAGAAAUCAGAGGAAUCAAAGAAUUGGGUACAAAAGUAGAUACACUUUCAGAUUCCUGUAAUUACAGUGGAACAGAAGAUUUAGAAGAUAAAAAGAUCUCUAAUCACUUAGAACCAAUUGUUGAUUUUAACACGUCAUCUGCUUUGACUCAACAAAGUUCCAAAAUGUUUGAUGCCGAAGACAAACUACAACAGAAAAGCCAACCAUGUGAAUUACUGAAAGAUGAUGGCUUAGUAAAGGAGGAAGUAGAUGUGGAAGUCAUAAAUGCUGCAGAAUGUUUAAAAGAAGAGGGCAAGACAAAUGUUUUGUCCUGCAGCCCUCCAAAAACUGAAGAUUUGUGCUUAAGUGAUUUAAAUUCAAGAGUUGAAAAUUUCAAAUUACCUGACUUUUCCUUUCAGGAAGAUAAGACUGUUACAUUUAUAAAACAAUCUGCACAAGAAGACUCAAGAAAUUUAGACCUUACAGAUAAUGAAAUAAUCCAAGAUUCCUCUUCAGCUUUACAUGUUUCAAGUGAAGAUGUACAGUCCUCAUUGUCCUGUCUUUCGGUAUCUGGGACUAUGUGUGGAUCACUAAUUGAAAGUAAAGCACAGGGUGAUUUUUUACCUCAGCGUGAACAUAAAGAUAAUAUACAAGAUGCAGUGACUAUACAUGAAGAAAUACAGAAGAGUGUUGCUCUAGAUGGGGAACCAUUCGAGGAGACUGAUCUUUUGAAACAGGAAAAGUGUAAAAACAUACUUCUUCAGCCAUUCAUUGAAGGGAUGGAAAACAGAAAGGUAGAUCCUGACCAGACAGUAAUCAGAGUUGAGUCUUUGGAUGGUGGUGACACCAAUUCUACAGCUGUAGAAACUCAAGAAGUACUUUCUGGCACUAAUGUUCCAGAGUCUUCUGAUUGUCGUGAAGGUUUUAUUAAUACUUUUUCAAGCAAUGUUAUGGACGGGCAAGACUUAGAUUACUUUAAUAUUGAUGAAGGUGCAAAAAGUGGCACACUCAUUAGUGAUGCUGAACUUGAUGCCUUUCUGACAGAACAGUAUCUUCAGACUACUAACAUAAAGUCUUUCAAAGAAAAUGUAAAUGACUCUAAGUCGCAAAUGAAUCAGAUAGAUAUGAAAGGCUUAGAUAACGGAAAUACCAAUAAUAUAUAUUUCAAUGCAGAAGGAGGAGCUAUUGGGGAAGGUCACGAUAUUAAUAUAAUUUGUGAAACAGUUGAUAAACAAGAUACAAUAGAAAAUGGCCUUUCUUUAGGAGAAAAAAGUACAAUUCUAAUUGAACAAGGGUUACCUACCAGUAAGUCUGAGAUUACAAAUGAAUUAUCAGUCUCUGAUAUUAAUAGUCAAUCUGUUGGAGGGGCCAGACCUAAGCAGUUGUUUAGCCUUCCAUCAAGAACAAGGAGUUCACAGGACCUGAAUAAGCCAGAUGUUCCAAAUACAAUAGAAAGUGAACCCAGCAUGGCAGAUACCAUUGUUCCAGUCGCUUGUACUAUAGAUUCUACAGCUGAGCCUCAGGUUAGCUUCAACUCUAAUUACAUCGAUAUAGAAAGUAAUUCUGAAGGUGGAUCUAGUUUUGUAACUGCAAAUGAAGAUUCUCUACCUGAAAACACUUGCAAAGAAGGCUUGGUUUUGGGCCAGAAACAGCCUACUUGGGUUCCUGAUUCAGAAGCUCCAAACUGUAUGAACUGCCAAGUCAAAUUUACUUUUACAAAACGGCGACACCAUUGCCGAGCAUGUGGGAAAGUAUUUUGUGGUGUCUGUUGUAAUAGGAAGUGUAAACUGCAAUAUCUAGAAAAGGAAGCAAGAGUAUGUGUAGUCUGCUAUGAAACUAUUAGUAAAGCUCAGGCAUUUGAAAGGAUGAUGAGUCCAACUGGUUCUAAUCUUAAAUCUAACCAUUCUGAUGAAUGUGCUACUGCCCAGCCUCCUCAGGAAAACCAAACAUCCAGUAUACCUUCACCAACGACUUUGCCAAUCUCAGCACUUAAACAACCAAGUGUUGAAGUGUUAAUUUUUUUGUUCCAUGUUUUACAGAUAGUAAACACAGUGGAUCAUUCUCAUUCUACUGCAGUGGAAAAGCCAAACAAUGAGAUGGGAGAUAUUACAAGAAAUGAGAUAAUUCGGAGUCCUAUUUCUGAGGUUCCAUCAGUGGAAAAAUUGCCUGUAAACACAGGAAAUGAGGGGUUACCUACUUCUAGUUCAUUUAUACUAGAUGAUGAUGUUUUUGCAGAAACUGAAGAAUCAUCUAGUCCCACUGGUGUCUUAGUUAACAGCAAUUUACCUAUUGCUAGUAUUUCAGAUUAUAGGUUACUGUGUGGUAUUAACAAGUGUGUUUGCAAUAAGAUUAGUCUUCUACCUAAUGAUGAGGACAGUUUACCCCCACUUCUGGUUGCAUCUGGAGAAAACGGAUCAGUGCCUGUAGUAGAAGAACAUCCAUCUCAUGAGCAGAUCAUUUUGCUUCUUGAAGGUGAAGGAUCUCCUCCUGUUACAUUUGUCCUAAAUGCUAAUCUACUCGUGAAUGUCAAAUUCAUAUUUUAUUCCUCAGACAAAUAUUGGUACUUCUCAACCAAUGGAUUGCAUGGCUUGGGACAGGCAGAAAUUAUUAUUCUAUUGUUAUGUUUGCCAAAUGAAGAUACUAUUCCUAAGGACAUCUUCAGACUAUUUAUCACCAUAUAUAAGGAUGCUCUAAAAGGAAAAUACAUAGAAAACUUGGACAAUAUUACCUUUACUGAGAGGUUUCUCAGUAGCAAGGAUCAUGGAGGAUUUCUGUUUAUUACACCUACUUUUCAGAAACUUGAUGAUCUCCCGUUACCAAGUAAUCCUUUUCUUUGUGGAAUUCUUAUCCAGAAGCUUGAGAUUCCCUGGGCAAAGGUUUUUCCUAUGCGUUUAAUGUUGAGAUUGGGUGCAGAAUAUAAAGCAUAUCCUGCCCCUCUAACAAGUAUCAGAGACCGAAAACCUCUUUUUGGAGAAAUAGGACACACUAUUAUGAACUUACUUGUGGACCUUCGAAAUUACCAGUAUACUUUGCAUAAUAUAGAUGACCUAUUGAUUCAUAUGGAAAUGGGAAAAAGCAGCAUAAAAAUACCACGAAAAAAGUACAGCGAUGUAAUGAAAGUACUAAAUUCUUCUAAUGAGCAUGUCAUUAGCAUUGGAGCUAGUUUCAGUACAGAAGCAGAUUCUCAUCUAGUCUGUAUACAGAAUGAUGGAAUGUAUCAAACACAGGCCAACAGUGCCACUGGCCAUCCUAGAAAAGUGACAGGUGCAAGUUUUGUGGUAUUCAAUGGAGCUCUGAAAACAUCAUCAGGAUUUCUUGCUAAGUCCAGCAUAGUUGAAGAUGGCUUAAUGGUACAAAUAACUCCAGAGACCAUGAAUGGCUUGCGGCUAGCUUUACGAGAGCAGAAAGACUUUAAAAUUACAUGUGGGAAAGUUGAUGCAGUAGACCUGAGAGAAUACGUGGAUAUUUGCUGGGUAGAUUCCGAAGAAAAAGGAAACAAAGGUGUUAUCAGUUCAGUGGAUGGAAUAUCAUUACAGGGACUUCCAAGUGAAAAAAUAAAACUGGAAGCAGAUUUUGAAAGUGAUGAGAAGAUUGUAAAAUGUAGUGAGGUGUUCUACUUUCUAAAGGACCAGGAUUUAUCUAUUUUAUCAACUUCUUAUCAGUUUGCAAAAGAAAUAGCCAUGGCUUGUAGUGCUGCGCUGUGCCCUCACCUGAAAACUCUAAAGAGUAAUGGGAUGAAUAAAAUUGGACUCAGAGUUUCCAUUGACACUGAUAUGGUUGAAUUUCAGGCAGGAUCUGAAGGUCAACUUCUGCCUCAGCGUUAUCUAAAUGAUCUUGAUAGUGCUCUGAUACCUGUGAUCCAUGGUGGGACCUCCAACUCUAGUUUACCAUUAGAAAUAGAAUUAGUGUUUUUCAUUAUAGAACAUCUUUUUUAGUGAAAGAUUGAGCCAUAUUAUAUAUUGCAACCUGAUUUGUUAAAACUAACUCCAGCACUAAAGCUGAAAUGCCACAAACACUAAAAGUAUAAAUAUGUCUGAUUUUUGAAACACGUAAGCUUUGCGCUUAGGCAGGAAUGAGCUUUUCAAAUCAUUAGCACAAUAUUUAAAUAGCUAAAAGUUUAAAAGAUCCAUGAUUUUUGAAGCUUUACAAUUAAUUUAAGUACUAAAAAGACAAGGAUUUCUUUUAAGAAAUUUGUAGCAUUUACUGUGUUAUUUAAAUGCUAAGCCAAAGUAUCUGCACUUAGGUAUACCUCUUUAUGUCAAUGAUGAUUUUAAUGAAGGCUCUUUUCAGAUGUAACCUUAUGAAGGAAAUGUCUGUUUUGUGUAUAUGCCAGUUAGAAUACUGGUUUCUAAAGUCUGUCAAAAUUGUAUUUCAGUGGCACAAAAACCAGUUUUGAAAUCUUAGACUUGUAAUUCUUUGAAUAAAGCUGAUAACUUAUUUGUAUAAUUGGAGUGGAGACCUACCUCCAUAAUUAGAUAAACUCUUUUUAGAUUAAAAAUUUGCCUUUUUUCUUCUCAAAUUAUACAUAUAUAUGUAUUAUAUAUCCAUAUAUAUAUAGUUUUUCCUGAUUAAAUGGAUCUUAAAAUAAUGUGGGUGCUUCAGGAUUUUUUGCUUCUAUAUUUAAGUAUAUUGUUUUUAUAGCAAGAACAUAUUAUUCUGAAUGUGUUUUAUAAAACUUUAAUAACUUGUAUAUAAGCAAUAUUUUUGUAUCAUAGUACAUUAUUUUUUUCCUCCUUUUCUUCCAAAGUAUACCAUUGUAUUUACCACUUAUGAGUGUGACUGUCGACAGGCCAGAUGACCCUUGAAGUAGACAUUAUGUAGCAAUAAAUGAAGCCUGAAACAGGUUUUUUUACUUCCACUUUAAUCCUUAGAUAUUUUUUGGCAACUCCGCAUAUUUUCAUUGACACCAAUGUAUAAGUAUAAAUUUAAAUGAACUAAUUACUUUUGCAUAUUUUAAAUUGUUUAUAUGGUAGUUAUUUUUUAUAACAGGAUAUUAACAUAAGUUAAAUUCUAUGUAUUUGAAAUUGUUACAGAGUUUUCCUCUUUACUUCAAACAGCAAAAAAAGGGGAGCAUAUUGUAGUCCUGUCAUUUAAGUUAUAUAAAAAAUUUAAUCAUUAUUUUGAUGCUUUAAACAUUCUUAUGUGUAACAUAUGUUUUUGUAUCAAAAACACUCAUAUAUUUCAAGAAAAAGAAACUAUGCUAAAUAACCCUGUUUUAAGAAAAAUAUUUAUGAAGCAUCUCAACUUGAAGAUCAAGUCAGAGUUAUAACUCAGGAUUUAAGGUCUCAAGCUAGGAGAGACUGAGAAUGUUCAUCAGUUUGGGCAUAUAGUUUGUACUGAAUCACAUCUAUAAUACUAGCCAAAGACAAUUGGGAGGAGGAUAUCAGCCUUCUGAAAGUGGCUACUUCAUGAACAAUGUAAAGUGUUGCAGAUAUUCAAUAAAAUGGCAACCUGUUAUAAUUUGUGAAAUUUAUUGAAAUGGUGUAAGAUGAAAACCCAAUUUAUGUUUUCUUAAUAUAGUGUACGUAUUGUGCCAUGUAAGUAAUUGCACAGUCUUAAAAUAACCAAAUGGUGCAGGGCUCUUCCAUGAUGGGAUAGCUUUAGAUUUGUUUUCGUAAAAUCUCAACAUUCAAUAAAAUUUGGAAUGAUGUGCCUCAAGUUUGGAGGCACAUUUUGAAGUAUUCUUUGCAGAUGUAUAUAUAGUAUGUUUCUGAAUGUGUUUGUUACUUAUUUGGUCAUUGGUACUUAAUUCGAAAUUUUAGUUUUUUAAGAGUGAAAAAAUAGAAUCGUUCUUUGUACUCAGUCUGCAAUGAUCUAUUUUUGGCUUAUCUUUUAAUACUAGUCUCUUUCUCUGAAUUUUGAAAUAUGAAGUAAAAUCUAGCCCAUUUGUUUUA